AUGCUUCCAGCCACCGCGAGCCCAUGCGCCCGCUUCAAGACCAACGGCGUCGUUGAGUCCCUACGUGAGAGAAACCUCAAGUUGCUUCAGACAGACAAGGAAGGUGGGUUCGCCGUUCUUCCCUCAGACCUCUACUACAGGAAGGCACAGAAAGCCAUGGAUGACAACUUUGUCAGGACAAACCUAGUUCCUCAUUCACUCAGGAAACGGGCCAUUGAACUUUGCGAGAAUGCGAAUCUGCCUAGAUUGCAGCAGCCGGUAGGACGUUUCAUCCAGAAGGCGCUUUCAGCCUUGGAGAUUGAGGAUCCGUUCCUUGUGUUCCGCCGGAGCGAAGUAUCCGACUUUCUCAAGGGUUUAAGCCCAGGAUCGGGUUGCGUCUUCUCACUUGAUGUCAAGGACCUGUAUUAUUCCCUGCCACAAGACGAGCUCAUCGAAGUUGUUAGUGAAGGAAUCGACCGUUACGGAACCGUUCGGUUUCAAAAUGAAGUUGGAGUUGAUGUCUCCACCUUCCUAGCAGUCCUCAGACUGUACCUUCAAUCACCUACGGUGGAGUUUUUGGGAGGAGUGUACUUGCAAAGAGCCGGAGUUUGCAUUGGUUCAUGUGUUGCCCGCGUGCUCAGCAACUUGCUGCUGGCGAGAUACGACAGGCGGCUUGAACGUGCCCUCCGCGAUAUGGGAGUCCCCAGGGUUUUCCGGUUCAUUGACGACUACUUGAUCCUCUUUGACACUGAGAACGUGGCUGUGGACGAGCGCACAGAACACAUAACUCGCAUCUUCCAGCGCACCCUCUCACCUUUCACACUCACGGAGGUACCAGUGGAACAUCGACUCAGGUUCCUAGACCUUGAACCCGCCAUCGAGCCUGACCACCUGUGCUGGACAUACGCCCCACGCUCUAAGAAGGGCCUUUUGCCGUUUUCGUCGGCCCACUCCAAGCUGGUCAAACGCAGUAUUGCACUAUCGGCAAUGGAAAAUGCCGUGAAACGCUCAUGCACGCAUCAAGUUCAGCGGAGCCUCUUGCCACAGGUUUUGAGGCUUAAAACCGCGGGCUUUCCAGUUCAGCUGAUAAGAGGCUUAGCUGAGGUUCUCCUCGGGAAGUUGCACAAGAAACACGAAGAGGCUCCCAGGCAUGAUCGCUCGUCCAGCAUAGCGGCCAUUCCAUAUAUCCACGCAGUUUCCCACAACAUAAAGAAAGUUGCCCAGCGUGCCGGCGUUAGCGUUGUAUUCACUGCACCUAACAAGUUAGGCGGGCUGUGUCGACACGUCAACAGUGAAGAAGCCGCUGCUUCCGUAUGCAACAAAAAGCAUAUAAGGCCUUUCGUCCAGUGCAAGUGUAAUGUUAUUUAUGACAUUCCUCUGACGUGCGGGAAGUCAUAUGUGGGACAGACAGGACGGUGUCUGAAUGACAGGCUGCGCGAACACUCAUCCUCCCUGCAGACUCACACAGGCAGCAACCUGGCCAUGCACUGUCGCGAUUGCCGAUGCCGACCUUGUUUGGAAGAAACACGUGUACUUAGGAGCUACUCCGACAGGCUUGCCAGGGAAAUUUACGAAGGAGCACAAAUUCAUAAUAGAGGUGAAAAAUGUGUCAGCAAGCCAUCAGUGGACCAAUUGAACAAAGAGAUUAGUUAUCUUCUAGAGUGUUCCUGA